AUGCCGUUCCCAUUUACUCUCCCGACCACCAGCUCCGUCUUGCUCCCGGACUUCUACGACAGCGUAACGCACCCAUCGCUUCCCUUGACGGCAACGACCCGUCGGAGCGUGCUGAAAGAUGCCUUGAAGAAGCACAAAAGGCUGCAGCCGCACGCGAAGGAGUCCGACCUGCCAGCAGUACAGGACGCGGCCAGCAGCUACCUACCGUACUUACUGGCGCUCAAUGCGGGCUCUGGCUAUCGAGAUGUCGGCCCAGAGAGGCUUGACGUAGAGGUCAAACGACCGCUGGAGGUCGAAUGGCGCAGUACGCUCUCAGUUGCGCUGCCGGGACGAGAUACAGCACGCCCGAAGUUGACCGGUCUGCAUCAUGAGAUUGCCUUCUCACUAUCGACUCUGGCAUAUGUGCAUUCACUUCUAGCACGUUCGCAGUUGAGGUCGCUCUAUGGCGCCGCAUCGCUUUCCAACGACCAGCGAACUGCAGCUGUCGCGGCGGCGAUGAAGCACCUGCUAGAAGCGCACAGCAUCCACACCUAUCUCCUGUCUUUGCCUUCGAUCUCGGCUUCAAAAGAUGCGCCAGUUGAUAUCCAGCCAUCUACGAUUUCGGCUCUGGCUUCGCUCGCACUGGCUGAAGCCACAAUCAUCGUUGUAGCAAAGGACGAUCCUUACACGGCAGCUGUGGCAGAUGACAGGGACCAGAGCAACAAGGAUUGGAUGUAUAAGGCUCCCUCAAUACCCAAAGUUCGAGCUCAUCUCUACGCUCGGAUAUGUCUUGCCGCAGGAGAACAUGCAACGAACGCCAAUAGUUUACUUGCCCGCAGCGGAGCAGGUAGAGUCAAUGAGGAUCUGGUCAAGUAUGCUACUGACUUGCGCAGUACUGCGAGAGGUAAAGCAGCGCGAUUCCUCGCGAUUGAUGCUGAAAUUUCUGGAAAAACUGGAGAAGGCCUCGCCUGGCUGAAAGGUGCUAAGAAGGAGCUUGGUCUCUCUGUGGAUCUCGAGGAUGGUAAACGAAAAGGCUUCAAAGGUCUGAAACAGAGCUGGCAGGAACGACGGGAAGAUCGCAAGGUCGAGAAAGGCAGAGAAUGGGGAAUGGAUGCCGGCCGUUUCGAAGAAGCUAGAGUCGUCGAGAUGCUUGAAACCAAAUGGGACAGGGAGAACAGCACCAUCAACAUCCAGAACAUUCCUCCCUUUGAACCACUGCUGGCGAGCAUGCCUUCUGGAAGGGAAUACCACACCCCACAGACGUAUACACCUCCAACGCUGGCUCCAGACGUAUUUGCUAGCAUGCGUGCCCCUCCCGAACCUGAAGAAGCUGCUUUCCGUGGAAACGAGGAGGACAGCGGAGGCGAAGAUGCAUAUGGGGGAUCAAGCGAGCCUGUAGUCGGUGCGUUCCCGGGCUCUGGCCAAGAAUACGGACGCAGCGCUACAAGUAAUAGCUACUACUAG